AGCCAGUUGUACAAAUAUGCGUUAGUUGAGUUUAUGAGUCAAAACCGAUAAACUAGAGGAAAAUAAAUAUUUUUUUCUUUGGGAUCGAGCACAUGGAAGGCAGUGCGCUGGACCCCAAAGGUGUCGCAGUUCAGCAGGGCUUGGCUCAGAGGGUCUGGGGUAGGGGUGGGGCCAAAGUGGGAUUCGACAAGGCAAAUCACAGAAGUAGGGAGGUGAGGGGCUGGAACAGGGUGAUGGGCACAGAGAUGGAAGAAGAGGCCAUGAGAGACUGAAUUCCCAGGCUGGUGACCCAGCGAGGGGUGGGUGGGUGAGCCCCCAGCGUGAACCCCAUCGAGGGACUUCGAACGAGUCACUUGGUUCUUUUGCUCUCUCUCCCCACUGGUAGCCCCCACCUGUCAUGACCCCUACCUGGGGAGAAUGACAGCAGGUUGCUGGGAGUGGGGAAGAGGAGUAGCAGGGAGAGUGCCAUGGGUGCGGGCAGCGGGGGGCUGCUGGCGGGUGCUAGCUGGGAUUGUCGUUAUUCCCGCUGCCUUGGCUGCCGGCUGAUGGGCUGUGCAGGGCGGCAGCAUUCCGGGAGCCGGAAGGCCAUGGUCCAUGCGCCACGUUUGGCCAGUCUGGUGGAGGCAGGUGACAAGGGGCCUGGCAGCCCAGUGUGCCUCCCCUGGCCCCUCCUUGUCUUGAUGACUAACCCAGACUCACAGGCAAGUCCCCCUCCCCAGCCCUGCUCAGCACUGCAUCCAGCUGGACACCUUGCCCCAGCUCUGCCUCACCUCCCACCACCUCAUCCUGCUCUCUGCCCGCUCUGCCCCCAUUGGGCCAGCAAGAGCUCGGGACCACAGGACAGCCCCCUGCCUUUUUCCUGCCUCUAUCUGUAGGCCCCGGGCUCCUGGGAGAGGGGAUUGUUUUGCUCCUCUCUUUAUGGCUUAUGUGACAGAUUCAGAGUUUCUUGGGAAAAAAAGAAGGGCGAGGAAGGAACUUACUCUUAUCUUUAACCCCAGCGGGACCCUAGAGAAGGAGAGCCACAUCCUGGUUCCUCUCCUUGCCCCGCGCCUCCGCCUGCUGAUGCAGAAACCAGCAUGUUUGGUCCUCAGCAGGCAGGAUGGCCCUGGGUACCUGCAUUCCAAAAUGCUGAGCUGAUGCCACCAGCAAGUAAGGUCACAGGCGAAGGGUCUUGUAUUCUGUGCUUUACGCCAGGGGCCAGGCUUUCUCAAACACGGCCCUCCUGUGCACUCUGGGGAGGUCAGUGAGCUAGCCCUCCUCUCACUGAGGUCUUAAUCAUACGCUUACAGGAGGGGGCACUGUCAAAGAUUCCAAGCCCUGCAGAGUAUUGUUUCUGGGCUCAUAGGGACCCAGACAGCAUUUCCCUGACCCUGGAGCCCCGGCUGUUGCUUGGGACCAGGCCUGCAUUAUUCACAUUUCUCCCCUAAGCAACAGGCCAGAGCUGUUCGCAAGCAGAGGAGGUAGGUGGCUUGGCCUCUUUCUCUGCCGGAGGCUGUGGGAGCCUGCUGGGAAAUUCUCGCCAUCUUCUUGUUUUUCCCUGGCUUGGUUCUCACUCAGCAGCUCGGCCGGCCUGCUCGCUCCCCAGGCGGCCCUCACCAGCCCCCCACGAGGCUCCCAGCCUUUUCUGAUCUCCCCAUUUUACAAAGUCUUCCCCUCGUGGUUAUGACUCGGGUGUCCAACCUGCUCUUGUCCUGAUUCCUGCUGCUUUAUCUCUUUAUCUUUUUUACCUGUUUGCCUUUUGUGACCCGGGUCUGCAUUGUAUUUACUUUUACUGAUAAGUAAAGGUGGGUGAGAGUGAUGAUUUUAAAUCCGUCCCCAUAACCUUCCAUCAUAAGUGCCCUAAUUUCUGUAUUAUUUCUGUGUCUGCUUUAAAAAGUCAACUUUGACAAGUCUCUGAAGGAGAGAGGUUUUGUGGGCUUGGGGUUAGUUUUGUUCUGUUCUGUUCUGUUCUGUUUUGUUUUGUUUUGUUUUACUUACUCCCCCCUCCCUUGUCCUUGCAAGUCUUUUCCAGAUUAGACACUUAACUAACUCCCUUUCCCCUUCACCCCAUGCUCUUCUUGUGUUUUUUUUUUCCCCUCUUUAUUCUGCCACAGACUUGUGCUGAGUUAGUGGCUCUAGACAAGGGCAGCCGUGCCCACGGGUGUGGGUGCUGAGCGGGCUCUCACCCCCCCUCUCGGUGGCAGGUCCCUCCAGCCUCCAAUUUCCAACCCCUGUCACCGCUGCCCUCUGGUAAUGUUUGUAGGCAUGAGGAAUUCCAGAAGAGUCUGCCAUGCCUUCUCCCUGCCUGUACUCGUCAGAACCGGGAAGGCCUCAGGGAGGGGAUGGGCCGUGAAAUUGCUCCCCGAAUUCUCUGCCUACAACUUGGGAUUGGACCCUCGAGUUCAUUCUGGUUCUGCUCCCAAAGUAAGCUUCCCACCUGGGUGUUGUGGAGGCCCUGGGGGUGCCCCAGCCCUGGGAAGGCUCAGAGGGGAGUGAGCUAGACAAGGGCCUGUGCUUGGUAUUGGUGGCCAGGGGGUUGCACACGAGGGUGUGAGGUAGGAAGUAGGGCCUAGAGAGCAAAUGGGGGAGGGUGUAUGCCAGAAGAGAGAUGCUCUGGGACCAUUUGGGUCUGGAGGGCUGAACAUAAGAGGCGGUGGGCCAUGCAGGAGUCUGACACACAGGCCUUCGCUGGCUCCUGAACCCUGGGAGGCAGAGUGAAGGAAGAGGGUAGGCUGGUGGUACAUGGAGGCCCUGAGCUGGGGGAGAGGAGCUGGAGGCCCACCUUGGGGAGGUGGAUAUGGCGAGAGCCCGCUGUGAGUAAGGCCCUUGUAGGAGAAGAGCUGGGUGGGAUGGUGAUGAGUAUGGGCUCCAGAACCCCUCCUGGACCCCAUCAUCUCCCAGCCUCAGUGUUUCUGUCUGUGAAAUGGGGGCUCAUCCUGGCUCCCAGGGUUGUUAAUGGGCAAUGCACAGGUCCUGGUAGCUAGUAAGCCCUUGGCCUUCCUGAGGACAGGGCAUGAAGAGCCUGAGAGGGGGAAUCCAGUGCCCACAGCAGUGGGGUCAUUGGCCUGGGCUGUCCCUGGUGCCUCUCCUUCAGCUGGGUCUCAGAGGCCCAGGACUCUUCCUGUUAGAGAGGACACAUCACAGGUGUCCCCCUUUCCUCGCUUCUCUCCUGCUCACACCCUGAGGUGCCCUGUAGCCUCUGUGGCCUCUUCCUACUCCCCCUCUGGUCCACAUCCAAAACAUCCCGGACCAGCCCCAGCACCAUCCAGGCCCUUCUUUUUCGUCCCUUGACAGGCAUCCCUUCUCGCCACUGGGCUCACAGACGUGAUGGCAUCACCUCCUCACCUUCUGUCUGUCGAGCUCCCAGGGUCAGGUUGAAUCCAUUUACCUUCUGUGUUUUCCUGCCUCAAUGGCCUGGCCCCGGUGUCCACCUCCUGCCUGCCUUUGGCCAUGGCAGCCAUCUCCUACCAGGAACAUCCCUGCCUUCUCUGUCACUUUUCCUUCAAGGCAUCCAUGUGGCCUCUUAUCCCAGCUCUGUCUCCUGAAGCCACUUCUCUUGGGCUUCCGAGUGCCCCUCUUGGAACUGUGUCAGGACACCAGCUAGGCUUGUUGCUCCCCCUUACUUGGGUCCCCUGAACUCUCUGUGAGGCCCAGUAGCCCUGCCCUUCCGCUUUGAGGCCCCAGGCUUGGUGUGACACUUGCUGCAUGAUGCCUCCAGGUGAAGGAGAGAAAGCAAGGCACCACGCACUCCGCACUGUGGGGUAAGAGCACUGAUCCCCCUGUGUCUUCUGACCCUCACGUCUCUCCUCAGAGCGAAGACCAUCCGGAAUCCCAGCAGAGCCCCCCCCCCCCGCCCCGGGAUGCUCUGGGCAUGGCCUCUGGAGCCCCCCAGCAGAGCAGCCAGCCGGCAGAGGAGAUCCCAGGCUUCCUGGACGCCUUCCUCUGCGACUUCCCAGCUCCACUGAGCCCAGAGAACCCUGCGCCAUGGAAGCUCCCAGGGACAGUGCUGAGCCAGGAGGAGGUGGAGGGCGAGCUGGCUGACCUGGCACUGGGCUUCCUGAGCAGCAGGGGCGCCUCACCACCACUUGCUUCAUCUCUGGCCCACGAGGCAGUUUCCCAGCUGCUACAGACAGACCUUUCUGAAUUCAGGAAGUUGCCGGGGCAGGAGGAGGAGGAAGAUGACGACGAGGAAGAGAAGGCCCCUGUGACCUUGCUGGAUGCCAAGGGCCUGGCACACACCUUCUUUAACCGGCUCUGGGAAGUGUGCAGCCAGUGGCAGAAGCAGGUGCCCUUGACUGCGCAGGCCCCUCCGGGGCCGUGGCGGGUCUCCAUGCAUGCCAUCCGGAAUACCCGUCGCAAGAUGGAGGACCGGCACGUGUGCCUUCCCGCCUUCAACCAGCUCUUCGGCCUGUCGGACCCCAUGGACCGAGCCUACUUUGCCGUGUUUGAUGGUCACGGAGGGGUGGAUGCCGCCCGCUAUGCUGCCGUGCACGUGCACACCAAUGUUGCCCGCCAGCCCGAGCUGCCCACGGACCCCGCCAGAGCCCUCAGAGAAGCCUUCCGGUGCACCGACGAGAUGUUUCUCCGGAAAGCCAAGCGAGAGCGGCUCCAGAGCGGCACCACGGGGGUGUGUGCACUCAUCGCAGGAAAGACCCUGCACAUCGCCUGGCUCGGGGACUCCCAGGUCAUCCUAGUGCAGCAGGGACAGGUGGUGAAGCUGAUGGAGCCGCACAGACCUGAGCGACAGGACGAGAAGGAGCGCAUCGAGGCACUGGGUGGCUUCGUGUCUCACAUGGACUGCUGGAGAGUCAACGGGACCCUGGCCGUGUCCAGAGCCAUCGGGGAUGUCUUCCAGAAGCCCUAUGUGUCAGGCGAGGCGGACUCAGCCUCUCAGGAGCUGACCGGCUCCGAGGACUACCUGCUACUGGCCUGUGAUGGCUUCUUCGAUGUCGUCCCCCACCAGGAGGUCGCCGGCCUCGUCCAGAGCCACCUGGUCAGGCAGCAGGGUGGCGGGCUACAGGUGGCUGAGGAGCUGGUGGCCGCAGCCCGGGAGCGGGGCUCCCAUGACAACAUCACAGUCAUGGUGGUCUUCCUCAGGGACCCCCAAGACCUACUGAAGGGUGGGGCCCAGGGGGCAGGGGAUGUGCCCUCUGGCCUCUCAGAGCCAGAGACCAGCACUCCACAGAGAAGCUAGGAGCUGCAGGCCAUCGGGCCCCACCCCCCGCCCCAUCCCAUACCCUUCCCCCUCAGAUGCCUUAGGACCUGACCAGUGGCGAUGGGCAGGCAGGUGCCCCCCUCACAGUGCUUUCCCAGGGCUCCGAGUCCCCCGUGCUGCUUGCAGUCAGUCUGUCCUGGAGGCUGUGGGACUGUGCUGGGGGGUGUGGAUGGGUUAUUUAUGUCCUGCUCGCAAAGGCAGUGGGAUGGCCCGGAUCUCUGAAGGAGGCCUAGGGAAGAGACCUCACCAAAGAGAAGAGGACCUGGGAAGUGGGGCAGCUCUUAUCCUGGCCCCAUUGGGUGGGGGCAGGACCAGAGGCCACAGGCGUGAGCCAAAGCCAGACCAAAGAUGCCAGGCGGGCGCCUGGGGCAGCAGGGCACUGCACGUGAGACCCCGGGUGGACCCAGGGCAUUGGCCACCUCCAAGUGUGUCCCGGGUGAAUGGCGCAGGUUUCUCAUUGGCUCCUCCCUGGUCACAACUGGGAGGACUCCUCUUUCCAGAUGCGCCUGGCUGCUCCUGGCCUGCCAAGCCAGGUUCCCAGAGUGGGGAGCACAGCCCCGCCGGGAAGGAGGGAGCACCAGGGAUCUGGUCUGCUGUGGGCGCUUGUGGUCCCCCCAGCCUCCCUCGUCCCCUCCCAGCCCUGCACACACCAAGGGAGGGGAAGGUCAGAAUGAUGACACGUGGGUCUUUUGUUUGUGGUCUUCGCCCCCCCCCCCCCAGGGAAGUCUUAACUCAGAAGCAGUAUUUCAGGUUUUCGUCUGUUUUGUCAGUGCCAAGUGGACAUGUUGUGUCAUAUAACUUAAACAGAGCUGAGCAUUUAUUUUAUUCUUAGAAAACUUAAGUAUUGAUUUUUUUUUUAUUU